UGGCCACCUACAGAGGCUGGGUUAUCCCCGGUUUUUGGGGUACCCCGAGAAGGGGGACACGGGCUGAGAGAACCCAGCCGCAGGUCUCCAUGGCGGCGCGCAGGCCCGGCGGGCCGAGGCGGAGCCUGCCAUUUUCGUAGCCGCAGCUCGGCUCCCCCUCCUGCUCCGCCCCGGCCCGGCCGAUCGGCGGGAUGGGGCCCGACAUGGAGCCGCUGCUGCGGGCCUGGAGCUGCUUCAGGCGGAGGAAAUUCCGGCAGUGCUCCGAGCUCUGCUCGCGGCUGCUGGAGGCGGCGCCCGGCGAGCAGGAGCCUAAUACCGGAUACUCCGUGUUUGAGGCUGCCUGGAGCCUGAAAACACGAGCUUUGACAGAAAUGGUGUAUGUGGAUGAAAUCGAUAUGGAUCAAGAAGGAAUUGCAGAGUUGAUGCUAGAUGAAAAUGCCAUUGCUCAAGUCGCACGACCAGGAACAUCUUUGAAAGUCCCUGGAACUAGCCAAGAUGCAGGCCCCAGCCCAGCUGUUAGGCCAGUAACUCAGUCAGGAAGACCUAUUACAGGAUUUGUGAGACCCAGUACACAAAGUGGACGGCCAAGUACUAUGGAACAGGCUAUAAAAACACCUCGAACAGCUCUCACAGCUCGUCCAGUAACUAGUGCUUCUGGGAGAUCUGUCAGGAUAGGAACGGCUUCAAUGAUAACAAAUCCAGAUGGCCCUUUCAUAAAUCUGUCUCGACUGAAUUUAGCAAAAUAUGCUGAAAAACCCAAACUGGCAAAGGCAUUGUUCGAAUAUAUUUUUCACCAUGAAAAUGAAAUAAAAAUUGCUCUAGAUUUGGCAGCCCUUGCCACCGAGCACGCACAGUUCAAGGACUGGUGGUGGAAAGUCCAAAUUGGGAAGUGCUGCUAUAGGUUAGGAUUAUAUCGUGAAGCUGAAAAACAAUUCAAGUCAGCUCUCAAGCAACAGGACAUGGUUGAUACAAUCUUGUAUUUGGCAAAAGUGUAUAUGCGCUUGGACCAGCCAGUAACAGCAUUAAACCUUUUUAAGCAAGGAUUAGAACGAUUUCCUGGAGAAGUGACUCUUCUUUGUGGAAUUGCCAGAAUCUACGAGGAAAUGAACAACAUAUCCUCAGCUACAGAGUACUAUAAAGAAGUCUUAAAACAAGACAAUACUCAUGUGGAAGCUAUUGCAUCCAUUGGCAGCAACCGUUUUUAUUCAGACCAGCCUGAGAUAGCUCUGCGAUUUUAUAGGCGGCUCCUGCAGAUGGGUGUCUAUAACUGCCAGCUUUUUAACAAUCUGGGCCUCUGUUGCUUCUAUGCCCAGCAAUAUGAUAUGACACUAACUUCAUUUGAACGUGCACUGUUUUUGGCUGAAAACGUGGAAGAGACAGCAGAUGUGUGGUACAACUUGGGACAUGUGGCUGUGGGGAUAGGAGACCUGAAUCUGGCUUACCAGUGUUUCAAGCUGACAUUAGCCAACAAUAACGACUAUGCGGAAGCUUACAAUAACUUGGCUGUACUGGAAAUGCAAAAAGGUCACAUCGAGCAGGCAAGAGCUUUGCUGCAGACUGCUUCAUAUUUAGCACCUCAUAUGUAUGAGCCCCAUUUUAAUUUUGCAAUACUCUCAGAGAAGGUUGGAGAUCUUCAGAGGAGUUACACAGCUGCUCAAAAGUCAGCGGAAGCAUUCCCAGGCCAUGUUGAUACACAACAGCUCAUCAAAAGAUUAAAAGAGCGCUUUGCUAUGCUCUGAAGACAUAUUUUUAACAUGUAAAAAAAAUAGUUAGCCAGAGUUAAUAUCCCAUACAUUUUAUUGUAAGUAGAUAAACUAUACUUAAUCAAUUCCUGUUGCAAAACCUGUGCUACUUAGAGUAGCAGAAAAGGUUCAAGAGUCCUAAUUAGUGUGUCAUCUUGAAACUCAUGACUUAUCAAAAUGAAGCUAGAACGUGUUGCAAUUACUGAGAAUACAAGAGUGGCAGGAUAUUGCCAAUAUGCAACAUUUAAAUGCUUGUCUGAUAUAUUAACAAGUAAGUCCUCGUUUAAGAUUAAUGAGCAUUUUAAAAUAUUUUUUUCUGACUUUUCUGCAGAAAAAAAAAGUUUUAAAAUAUUCCUGUGUGGCAAUCUGUCAAGCAACACAGACUAAGAAUACUUCCUAACUGGUCUUCAAACAUGGCUUUUGAUAGUAUACUUUCUUACAGAAUGUUAAGUUUUAAAAUUAAAGUAACCAAAAAUGCAUUUAAAAACACAGAUGCAAAACAGAAGUUCUUAUAUUCCUUGUUGUAUUUUAUGAAUUAAAUAAAUUCCAGUUUGUAUGGUU